CUAUUUGAUAAGAGCAACGUUGCGGGAGACUCGCUGUCUUUAUGGGGGUGGGGAGAAGGGGCGCGGGAGUCGCUGCGGGAGAGUUACCGUAUUUGCGUUGAGCAGCGCAGACUCGAGCAAAGAGCUGCCGCUUGAGACGGGAGAAGCAGGGGCUCAGCCUGGGCUGGACUGGUGAUUGCAGCUGGAAGUUCCCAUGACCGAGCUGGCGUCCUCGGGGGGCGGGUCCCCUGCGGGGGACGGGGAGGAGGGUCUGGGAGAGGAGCGAGGCCUGGUCAUCCACCACCCUGCGGAGGAGCAGCCCCACCGCUGCCCGCUGUGCGGCCAGACCUUCUCGCAGCAGCCCAGCCUGGUGCGGCACCAGAAGGCGCACGCCGGGGCGGGCCGCGCGGCCGCCUUCGUGUGCCCCGAGUGCGGCAAGGCCUUCAGCGUCAAGCACAACCUCGAGGUGCACCAGCGCACACACACCGGGGAGCGGCCCUUCCCCUGCCCCGAGUGCGGCCGCUGUUUCAGCCUCAAGCAGAAUCUGCUCACGCACCAGCGCAUCCACAGCGGCGAGAAGCCGCACCAGUGCGCGCAGUGCGGCCGCUGCUUCCGCGAGCCGCGCUUCCUGCUCAACCAUCAGCGCACCCACGCGCGCAUGCCCGCGCCGCACCCGCGCCGCCCCGGCGUCUUCGGGGAGCGGCGACCCUACUUCUGCCCCCGCUGCGGCAAGAGCUUCGCGCGCGAGGGCUCGCUCAAGACCCACCAGCGCAGCCACGGCCACGCGCCCGAGGGCCAAGCGGCCCACUUAGGCCGCGUGCUAUGAUGCGUGCGGGGCCUGCUGCCCACGGCUGCUUCCUGUCCCGGAGACCGGUCUCGGACCCCCGGAGAUGGCCCUGGGCUGCAGCGCCCUCUCUGGACGGGAUCCCGGGAGAAGG